AUGUUGCUCUCGUACAUCCUGUAUCGUCGUGCACGCGCAACGAAGCAGAAGGAGCAGCAGGAACAAAUCAACAGUCUUCCCUUGAAAUACCAUGCCCCCCUGACGUCCAUCGACACCACCAUCCUCGGGAGACCCGUCGCUGAGAUCGUCGUCGACGUCCAGGCCGGGCAAUUGUCGCCCUCCGACGUGCUCGUGGCCUAUGGGAAGAAAGCGCUCAAAGCUCAGGCGGCGAACAAAUGCCUGACGGAGGUGAUGAUCGACAAGGCCGAGCUCUGGGCGGAGGGCUGCAACCGCCAGGGCCCGCUCGCUGGCAUGCCGGUGAGCCUGAAGGACAUGUUCUAUGUGGCCGGGUACGACUCGUGCAUCGGGUACGCGUCAUGGGUCGGCAGACGGGCGCAGGCGGACUCCCCGCUCGUCACGCUACUAAGGAGGGCUGGUGCCGUGCCGUACGUGAAGACGAAUAUCCCGAUUACACUCAUGUCUUUCGAGGCUGGGAAUGAUCUCUUCGGGCAGACGGAGAACCCGCAUAAGAAGGGGUAUUCAGCCGGAGGGUCUAGCGGAGGGGAAGCGUCCUUGCUGGCGUAUGGAGGAUCUCGUAUAGGUAUCGGCACGGACAUUGCGGGGUCUGUCCGGGUGCCCUCUCAUUAUUCUGGGACGUACACGGUGAAGUGCUCCCCGACGCGGUUCAUCGGGCAUAAUACCGCAGAGAGUUUUUCUGGCCAGGAGGGUGUGCGCGCGGUUGCAUCUCCCAUGGCGAGGACGCUGGAAGACCUGGAGUAUUUCUGGAAAGCUAUCAUGAGCAUGAAGCCCUGGGAAUACGACCACAAUGUGGUCGAGCUUCCUUGGCGUGCAUUCGACCUAUCGGAGAAAAAACUCAAGUUUGGCGUGAUGCUCAGCGACGGUGUCGUCACUCCAUCGCCGGCCUGCAAACGAGCAUUAGAGACCGUCGUGAAGACCUUGCAAAACAAUGGGUAUCAGGUGGUUCCGAUAAACCCGCCUCGGCCGUAUGAAGGGUAUGAGAUUGGUGCUCAGCUAGUGGGGGACUCUUGUGCCAUGUCGUUCGAGCAUAUCAUGACCGGCGAAUCGAACGAUCCUGGAAUGGCGCAAGCUAGGACAAUGUGGGACCUCCCACGUUGGGUGAAGCGGCUCUAUGGGUUCUAUUUGCGUUAUGUCCGCGGGGACGACUUGUACGCUCACGUCGUCGAAAACUGGCACCCGAAGACCGCCCAGGAACACUUUGCUACGGUCGCAAGACGGGAAGCGUAUCGCGCCAAGUGGUUCGACUUCUGGCAGGAGACGGGCCUUGACUUCAUCCUGACGGUACCUAAUGCAAUGCCGGCUGUGCCUCAUGGAGGUAUGAGAGAUGCAUUCACCAAUUGCAUCUAUACUUUCUUGUGGAAUGUUCUGGAGUACACCGCCGGUGUACUGCCCGUGACCCAUGUUGAUCGAGACCUCGAUGGGUUGAAGCCAGGCUUCAAGGCAGGUAAUAUGAUUGAAAAGGGUGCGUACAAGCACUAUAAUGCGGACAAGAUGCACGGACUGCCAGUUGGUGUCGAAAUCGUCGGAAGGCGUCUGGAAGAAGAACAAGUGCUGGAGGGUAUGAAGUUGAUUGAAAGACUUCUACGUGAUGAAGGAAAGGCCUACACAUUGUUGCACACAUGA